CUCAAGUCCUAGCCAUUAUUGCUCGAGGUACUGAGCUGUCUAGCUCGCCACGUGGCAUCGUUGCCGCUCUCAGUUUUGUUAUCUGAUCCGCGGAGCCCAGACCCGCAGCUGCUUUGGCGAUGACACUUGCCACUUGGCGAGGCCUGCGGCAGUUUGCGCGCGACGGUGGCCACGAGGGCCCACAUUCGCAGGACGCCGCCGAACCUUCCCAGCAGCCUGGCGCGCGAAGGGACACUGCUGCCGAAAACGCGCCUUGUGGUGACACCUGAACGCACCUGCACCGGUCAUGGGCGCAGGCGGGACCCAGCAACCACCGGUGUAGGCGUAUGGUUGGCGUCGGCCUGGAGGAGAGUGGUGCCGCCCGGCCCUCGCAGCCGCUGGGCGCCCACGCGCCCCUCCUCCUCGAGAACGAGGAGGCAGAGGCAGCGCGCUGUCUCCGCCAGUUGUUUAAUGGCCCAGUGUUGCCAGCCAGAACAGCCACAGGGCGCCCAGCGGCCAUCCGAUGGAUCGUCAGUGUCCCUUUCCUUCUUGCAUCGACGCUGCCUUCGUCAUGAAGGAUACGUUCUACCACUGCGACUCCUUCGAGGGGAACCCCGAUGCUGGCGCCCGCGCCGCCGCGCGACGGCCCGGCAGCAGCGUCAAGCCUUGGGCCCCCAUGCGCGGCCGACGUCGAGGGCGCAGACGCGAGCAGUGCUGUGGCGGUGGCGCGCCGCCGCGACGUGCCGCGGGCAGCGGAGAGCGAUGUUCCAGCAGGGGCGCGGGAGCUGACCGUGCCUGAGGACGAGGCCGUGGGGAGCUUGACCCAGCGCGACAACCGCGGACGCUUCGGCUGUUUCACUCGUGGGGCUUCGAGCAGGGGCCUGAGCCAGAGGGCCUCGAGGGAGGCUGACGAGGCGCUCGUGGCGUGGCUGAACGAGCAGUGCUUCGAGGGGGAACCGCUGGCGACCGGCGCCAAGAUGCUGGCCGCGCUGGGGCACCUGCUGCCAGGGGUGUCACGGGGGGCCUUGGAGCUUCGGCGCAGCCGGAGAGCCAUCCAGGAAUUGCGGCGCCACAACCCAACGGCCUGGCGGCUCCCAUCGCCGUGGCCUGUCGUGGCGGCGCUGACGAAGGACAUGCUGGCGCGGGGACAGCUCGCCGCCGCCGGUGCGACCAUGUUCGCGUUCGGGCUGCUGCUGAGGCCGGCGGAGGCGAGGAGGCUGACGGGCGGGUGUUUGGUAGCCCUGAUGGCAAGCGGGGCCGCCAGCCGCCGACGAUGGUCGAUCGUGCUGCACCCUCAGGAGCGAGGGCUGACUUCGAAGGUGGGCGCGCAGGACGAAUGCCUAGUGUUCGACAGCCUAGAGUUCGACCUGAUCGUGCCGUUGUUCAAGCACCUGCAGAGGAGCGUGGCGGACGGCCAUCCGUACUUCGACGUGGGCGCGGGGCAGUGGGUGGAGGCUCUUCGAGCCUCGAGUCGACGGCUGCUGCCCAGCCGCGCCGGGCCGACGCUCUACCAGUUGCGGCCUGGGGGGGCGCCCCGCGACGUGCUGACGGAGUUCCGCGCCACCGAGGGGCCGAUGCGACGCGGGCGGCGCACGGCCUGCGAUGAGACGGGCGGCCGCGUGAACCAGGCGUUGGGAUCGCUGACGGCCGCGGGGCUGGAGCGGGCGCCGGGCGCCGAGCGCGCGCUCGGCGCGCGCCUCUCCGCGACGUUCCACGGCGAGCUGGCCCAAGGGGGUUCGCGCUGUAGGUCUUUCGCGGGGACGGGACGCUUCAGCCACUGUUGGAGGCAGCAGGCGCCGAGGGGCCUGCCCAUCUACGAGGUCGACCUGAGCUGCCGCCAGUCGCAUGACCUGAGCAGUCGAGCGGCGCAGAGGCUCAUCCUGGACUGGACCCGCCCGGGGUGCUGCAAGGCCGUCUGGUUCAGCACACCCUGCUCUACUUCCUCCAGAGCCUGGGGCCCCAGGGCCGGGCCGCCGCGGCUGCGUUCUGACAAGCAUCCGCUCGGCCUCGACAACCCGGGCGAGGCGGGCCAGGUCAGAGGCGCGGUGGCCAACGAGCUGGCCCGUUUCUCGACGAGGGAGCUGCUGGCCUGCCUGCAGAUGGGCGCGCCAGGCGCGCUCGAGAACCCAGAGUCGCCCCGACUCUGGCGGACGCCGUUCAUGCAGGAUGCCCUCCGCCGACGGGGGGGGACUGCGACCGAUUCUUGCAUGGGUGAAGCGCACCCGGAGCUGCGUGGCCCGCGCGCGCCAUCGUUCUCGGAAUCAGCGCAAGUGCGAUGGAUCAGGUAUGAAGCAUGCUGCGCUGCACGGAAAGGGGCUCGACGGAAAGGGAAGCUGUUGCGCCGUGCCCUCGCACCUUGUGAAGCCGUCUUGCCUAGCAGCGCCGCGGUUCAAUGAUCUCGCGCGCCGUUGCCAAUUUAAGUAACAAGUGGGAAGUGCCUCAGUUUGGAAGCUUCGGCCACAUGUGAAUUCUACUUGUCUGGAUUUGCGCUUCUUUCCCCGGAUGGCCGGUAGCCAGCCUCUCGCGCGCAGAUUGCCCCUCGCAGAGGGGUGGCCAUGGCGCGAGUAAUGGGGCCCGUGGAUCUAAAUUGAAUUGUUCGUGGAUCUGGGGCCACCUGAGACCUCGCAGAGUUGGCCGUAGCUGAAGCGAAGCUUGCACCGCGACGCUGUUCUAUCCUCAGCCGUCUGCGUUCAAGUGCCCAUCCCACUGUCCAUUUCUGCUGCAAAUGUUCUCCUGUGCCUGCCCGACUUCGCGACAGUUGGUGGAUUUCCGGCUUCGCGUGAAUUCUUCUUGUCUUGAUGCGCGCGCCUUUCCCCGGCUGGCGGGGGGCCGGCCUCUCGCGCGCAGAUUGCCCUUCAUAGAGGGGAUGGCGCGAGUAGAAGGGGCCCUUCGAUAUGCGUAUCCA